GCAUUCCAUUUACCGUUUGAACGGCGCGUCGCUUUUUGUUUGAUUGAAUUUAUUAAUAAUUUGUGGCCACCGAGAUAAGGGAUCCCACGAUGGACACUCCACGUCGCAAGCUGCGCAAUCUGCACAUGGAGAAUGUGCAGAACAGUAGUACCCCGAUCAGAGUGCCGCCGUCGCCGAUGCUGAAGACCCUGGGCCACGGUACCGGUGUCAGUGUUUACCGUUUGGACCGCUCGCCCCGUCUUGGCCAAAUCCGUUCGCCGUGGGCCGUCAAGCGGAUCACCCAGAGCAUGCGGGUGCGCAAGGACACCCUCUUCAACGCCCGGAUUGUCCACGAGGCGGAUAUCCUCCGCAAACUGAAGCAUCCCAAUAUCGUGGGAUUCCGCGGCGUUGUCACCAAUGACGAGGGUGUCAACACACUGGCCCUCGAAAUGUGCACCACUUCGCUUGGCUCCAUACUCGAGGAACGUCACGACGAGGAUCUGGGCCCACUGCCGGCCAAAAACACCUUUAAGAUGAUCAUGGACGUGGCCCUGGCCCUGGACUUCCUCCACAACGAAGCUCGCCUGCUGCACGGUGACCUUAAGUCCUUCAAUGUCCUGGUUAAGGGGGAGUUCGAGAUCUGCAAGUUGUGCGACUUCGGAGUUGCUCUUCCUCUGGACGAGCAGGGCGAGAUUAAUUUCCCAAAGAAUCCCGGGUUGCGCUAUGUGGGAACCAGCCUUUGGUGCGCCCCGGAGGUCAUAGACGACAUGGAUAUCAUAGACAGCAAGGCGGACAUCUUUAGCUUUGGCCUGGUUAUCUACGAAACCCUGGCCCUGGUGCCGCCACAUACCUUAGAGCUGGACGCCGUGCUUGGCGAGGAGUUGGAAGGUUCUCACGAUUUGUCCACCGAAACGGAGAAAGUGCAGCGCAAGCAGCUGGACUUCUCCGCCGAUGAAAGCAAGGGUGGACCAGUUGAAAUGGAUGAACAUACGGACAACGACAUGAGUACCGAAGUGAUUGACGACGAGGAGGAGGAGGAGGAGGAAGAGGUCGACGAGGAUGAAGAUGACACCAAGGAAAACGAUAUCAAAGAGAACGACAUCUCUGACUUCACGCUGAACAACCUUCACUCGGCCUAUGGUACUCGCCCACCACUGCCAGUGGCCUUUCAACUCAGCGACGAUUACAACUGCAUCGUGGAGCUGUUCUAUCUGUGCACGAAUGCUCUGAGCGAGGAUCGUCCGGCGGCCAAGACCAUUUGGCAGUGCCUGGAGAACAAUGCCGCGAAUGUCGCGACAGGAAGCGAUUAGACUGAUCACCACCACUACUCUCAGCCUCCACAAUCUUCCUCCAUUUGGAAAUAAGCUCUUGAAUGUAGUUUCCCUAAUCGUCUGAUUUUUGUUUGCAUGUAUGAAUACAUAUAGUUCUAAUUUAUACCGUGUAAGAAACGAGGACAAACGAAUGCGCACAUGAAGACCAGAAUCCGCAUAAAUAUAAAAGAUGGAUAAGUUAAGUGUACAUAUUCAGCAAAAAGAGAGGUCGAAUAAAUCCCUAAAUGAAA